AUGGCAAAAGCCACAGUUUGCAUGUUUGUUCUUGCAGUGUCUCUGCUUGAAAACGCUAUGGUUGUACUCGUUGUGAAAAAGAACUUUAAACGAAGUCAUAUGAGGAAUGCCAACAGCUUAUUUAUUGCCAAUAUUUCUGUGGCAGAUAUAUUCUUCGCUAUUCAAAAUAUCCCGCAUGCGUAUAAUCAUCUUGUGCUGAACGGCCACUGGAUUCUACAAGGGAGCUUUGGAACAGUACUUUGUAAGAUGGAUAUUUUCUUUUCUGUCAUCACCAUGGUAACUGCGAACCUGACAAUCUUGGCAAUCGCAAUUUAUCGCCUUUGUGUGGUGUAUUUUCCUUUCAGAAAAAUUAUCACGAAGAAGGCCUGCUUCUUUAUUAUUUUUCUGACAUGGCUCGUACCAGCUCUCUUUGCUUCGCCGAUGUUCUAUUUCGCGGAUUUCAUCAGCAACGAUAGCAUCACAAGGUGUAAUCUCAAGAAUAUGCUAGUCAAACGAAUUUCGUACGCAGGUUUUGCCUUAAUUCUAGUCACGACCCUUCUUGCUAUGCUCGUUUUGUACGCAGCGAUCGGAUUCAAGGUUUGGCGUCGAAAAUUCCCCAGCAACGCAAGUGAAAGAGCUCGAGAAUUGAGAGAGAAGCGAAAUCGAGAGAUUUUCAAGAUGUUAAUAACUCUGUUAGUCGCAUUUUAUACAUGUUCUUUGCCAAUUCUAACCCUGCAAUUGUCUAUUGCACUUGACUUCUUUGUAGUCUUCAGUGAAAAUCCACACCUUCGUUUCAUUUCUCUUUCGAUGCUUUUCUUAAAUGGCGCCAUUAAUCCCAUAAUUUAUGUAGUUUUCAACAGGAGGUUUCGCAACUGUGUAAAAGAGACUUUGGCGAGGCGCUAUGUUGUCAACCUGUGUUAACUCAAUGAUAAUUACUGGGUGGAGAGGACUUAAAAAGUAACUGAACUUGGAUUCAGCGGACUGUCGAAUAUCUUUAGUUAAAUCUAAAUAUUAAGCCCUGUCAUUUUAAUUGGUGACUGCCACAAAAGGAGGCUGAAGAAUCCAUUCCUUAGAUUAAGAAACUUUGAUACAUUUCUAAUACAGCAUUUUCACGGAAUUGUCUCAAUGAAAACGAUCCUUGUUAGCAAAUACAUUCCAUGCUGCCUUGCGUUAGUUCUUUAAUA